CGACCGGACCGGGCGCAGGCCCAGCAGUGGGCCACCUCCUUCUCAACCCUGAUCAACUCCAAAUAUGGAGUGGCGUUGUUCAAAGGAUUCCUGUCACAAGAGUUUGCUGAUGAAAAUCUGGAAUUCUGGCUUGCCGUUGAGGAUUUCAAGAAAACGCGACACUGCAAGUUACCAGCCAGGGCUCAACAAAUCUAUAAUGAGUUCCUGGCUGCACAGGCUCCGAAAGAGAUCAACAUCGACUCGUCCACACGGGCGGUGAUCGGUAAGCGGCUGUCGGACCCGGAUGUGCAAAUGUUCGACGCGGCUCAGCGGCGUGUGCAGCACCUGAUGGAGAGCGACAUCUUCCCACGCUUCCUCCAGUCAGAGAUGUAUCAGGAGCUGUUACGCGACGAGCACUCGAAAGCCGGGCGCGCAGGCGCCGCCACGGGCCGCACGGGAAGCUCCAGAACAAAAGAUCGUAAGGAAAAGAACGUGUGCAUGUAG